AUGCGUGAGGCCAUUUGCAUCCACAUCGGCCAGGGUGGCGUGCAGAUCGGAAAUGCCUGCUGGGAGCUCUUUUGUCUUGAGCAUGGCAUCCAGCCGGAUGGUCAGAUGCCCAGCGACAAGACCAUCGGUGGUGGAGAUGACGCAUUUAACACUUUCUUCUCCGAAACGGGCGCUGGAAAGCACGUCCCUCGCUGCGUCAUGGUGGAUCUCGAACCAACUGUUGUGGAUGAAGUUCGCACCGGUACUUACCGGCAGCUUUUCCAUCCGGAGCAGCUGAUUUCUGGCAAGGAAGAUGCUGCAAACAACUUUGCUCGUGGACACUACACGAUCGGCAAAGAGAUCGUGGACUUGGUCCUUGACAGGACUUGUGCGUCUGUGUCACCUAACGUGUAUAUUUUGCCCCGAAGGUGCUGCUCCCGCUAUACUAGCUGCUGUACACAGAGUGCAUACAUAGAUGCUUGA